AUGAACAUCCGCAAUGCUCGGCCAGACGACCUGAUUAACAUGCAACACUGCAACCUUCUUUGCCUUCCCGAGAAUUACCAGAUGAAAUACUAUUUCUACCAUGGCCUUUCCUGGCCCCAGCUUUCUUACAUUGCUGAGGAUGAGGAUGGGAAAAUUGUGGGCUACGUCCUGGCCAAAAUGGAGGAGGACCCAGAUGAUGUCCCGCAUGGACAUAUCACUUCACUGGCCGUGAAGCGUUCGCACCGGCGCCUUGGCCUGGCGCAGAAGCUGAUGGACCAGGCCUCCCGGGCCAUGAUCGAGAACUUUAGCGCCAGGUACGUGUCCCUGCACGUCAGGAAGAGUAACCGAGCAGCCUUGAACCUCUAUUCUAACACGCUCAACUUUCAGGUUAGUGAGGUGGAGCCCAAAUACUAUGCAGAUGGGGAAGAUGCUUAUGCGAUGAAGCGGGAUCUUUCGCACAUGGCCAGUGAGCUGAGAAGGCAGCCAGAGCUGAAGGAGAAGGGCAGGUAUGUGGUGCUGGGCUCCAGGGAAAACCAGGAAUCCCAGGGAAGCACACUUCCUAGUUCUGAAGAGGAUGCUCAGGAGAAGAAUCCAGCUGCUGAUGAUAGUGGCAAUGACAGCAAGGAACCCAGCGAGUCCACAGAGAGCACCGAGGCCCACCAGAACAGCUCAGAAGAUUCAGAGUCUACCUCCUAA